GCCAGUUUUGCUUAGCACCCAGAGAGAGACCGAGAAGGCAGGGGAGGGACGCAAGAAAUCGGGGCCAGAGGAAGCAGUACAAAUUACUGAUGGAUUUUGGGACUGAAUUGAAGGGAUGUGUUUGCCGGAUCAACAACUGCGCCAUCGAACUCUUCUCCAUGAAGGAGGAUUUGGAGAUUGAAGACGAAGACUCAUGGGACCUGGUUGGGAGGGACCUCCGGCUGAAGGCCACCUUCUUGUAUAUUGACCUCAGCCGUGUGAUCUCCUCCUGUGAGAGCGAUGAACGCAAGAAGAUGCUCACUGGCCUAGCCAACAAGUUCUUCUACUUCAUGGACGAGUUGGGCAAUGCGGUGAAGGACAGAAGCGCCCCCCUGGUGCAGGUGUGCUACAGCGACACGACUCAUGUUCUUCGCGAGGUGGUGGCCGCCCUUGUGCCGUCGCAUUAGUCUGGCUCUGGCAUCCAUGCUGAGAAAGCUGUAAGAUCUGGGAGCUUCGCAGUUCUUGGAAACAAGAAAUUGUCCAAAAAGCUGUACAAAGAGGACAGGCCAACAUGAGGGGCCUAUGUUAUGUACAUAUCGUUAAACGGCUGUGGAGUCGAAGCAAACUAAAUGAUUAGUGUCUGGUUUGCCCCA